ACCCCAACACUCAAGCAAAUACAUUCCUAGUCCACAGAACUUCUCUAUCUUUUCUCAAAUUUUUGUAACAAAUGGAAAUGUCUAGCAAAAUUGCAUGCUUUAUUGUUUUGUGCAUGAUAGUGGUUGCACCCCAUGGAGAAGCACUAAGUUGCGGCCAGGUUGAAUCUGGCUUAGCUCCAUGCCUCCCUUAUCUUCAGGGAAAAGGCCCUCUAGGAGGGUGUUGUCGUGGAGUUAAGGGUCUAUUGGGCGCAGCCAAGACCCCCGCGGAUCGAAAGACAGCAUGCACUUGCCUCAAAUCAGCUGCUAAUGCUAUUAAAGGCCUUAAUCUAGGCAAAGCCGCUGGUAUACCUAGUGCUUGUGGCGUAAGCAUUCCUUACAAGAUCAGCCCUUUUACUGACUGCUCGAAGGUUCAGUAAGGUUGAUGAAAGUUCAAUUUUCCAAGGCAUAAUUGGGGAAAAAUAAGACGGAUAUAUCUAUCGAUCGAUCGAGUUUAAUCCAUCAUUUUAUAAUAUGUUGUCUCUUUUAUUUUGUAUUUUUGUUUGUUGGAGUACUUAUAUGUUGUCGAGUAUUGUAAUGAACUUUGGUGGUUGGUUGUAUUACAACCCAAUCUUCAUAGUAAUAUAUAUACAUCAUAUUUUACUUUUUUUUU